UAAUUGAACAUCCUACGAUAACAAUCGACAUCCCUCUUCAUUCCUGAUCGCACGCCACGUUGAUCUUACGUAAAAACAAGACUGUAUUUUACUGUGCUAACACGCCGCCACAGCGCGACCGUAGAGCCGUAGCUGGACGGCUAGCUAUCACCUCAAACGGUUGUUGCACUCCCAAGACUCAGCAGCCACGCUUACUGACCUACGUCCUCGAACGCUCCUCGGAAUGGCACCUACAGAAUUUCUGCAACAAUUUGAAAAGAUUGAAGGGGUAGUUGCUCGAUAUGCUUUCAAGCUGUCAAGCGUCACAUCUCCGGCUGAAAUUUACAAAGAGAAGACGGUCGAAAUCCGGGGGCGCAUCGCUCAAUUAUGGACAAGCUUGGAACUAGCCCCAGCGCCAGAAAAAUCAAGCCUCCAAGACAGUAUCGUGAAGUUAGGGGGGCAAUUAAAAGAGCUGGAAAUAAAAUACGAGGCUGGUGUGCAGGACGAGGAGAGGGUGUAUAACCGGGCGUUACAAGAAAUUACAGACGCGCUCCGCUACGAGCUCUUGGAAAUUAUUGGGCCUGCGAAAAUAGAGUCGUAUCUACGAAGCAUCUCGAGCGAGAAUUCUGACCGGCAAGACUCAAACAAUGCAGUCGUUACUUGUCAGCCGCACGAUGCAACUCUCCAAGCGAUCGGCGCCAAAGAGGCAUGCGUACCUAAAGGAAUGCCCGAAAACAGGCACGCAAACCCGACGACCACUCCCGUAAGCUACAAACGAAGGAGAACAUCGCCAGAACCCAUGGGAAGGAAACGACGUCAGGUUGAGAAAGAUGACCCUUGUACCAAGCUCGGCAAUUCUCUUGUCUCUUGUCCAGUUGUGAGGUCUUCGCGAAGAGGAACACGGUAUAGCCACAGGCGACAUGGCGACAAGAGAUCGACCACGGACGAAGACUUUGAGGGCAUCACAAACCCGGAUGCCGGCAGCAUCUAUCUCGCAUUUUGGGAAAAGUCCAAGGACUGGUUCGCUGUACUCCUACUUCCGAUGCAAGAUCUCGAAAGCGUCGGCAUUUCGGGUUCGAUAGAAAGUCUUGGCUUAGCAGAGGUUCUCCCUAGGUGCUACUGCGAUAAGCAAGAUGGCUUUUCCUGGGCGGAGGGAUUUAACGACGGCGAGCCUCUGGUCAUGGAGCGAGAGUUCCCCGUAAUGUACUUUGAUGGCCAAGACUUUCCCGCCAAGAGCGCCGUCGGCUGGGUCUCUGCAAGGGAUUUGAGGCAGUUCGAUGCGAACAACAAGAACUCACUUGUUCCUCACAUACGGUCCGUUCGCAAGUUUCUCAAGACUCGGGCAGAAAAACGUUCGCCAGAACGAGAAGUAGACAGGUCAAAGUCUGAGGCACCUGAUGCGACAGAACAGUCAUCAAUAGAGGCUAACGGCUACCCGCCCACGCCUCUGAAAGUUCCUCUUCAACAUCGCAGUCCUCAGAUGGCAGCUCCUGACCAGGACCAAGAGGAACCCAGUUCUCUACCCGCAACUCAACCAGUAUCACCUUUAGAUCAUGUCGCCCUGCAUGACCCCCCCAUUCAACAACAAUCGUUACCCGAUCUUCGUAGCGAUGAGGUACAACAUUAUCGACUGAACCUGGAAGACAUUGCGACAUCUUCUCAUGGGCCGGGACGACAGCUUGAUGAACCUUGUGACAUCUUUGAGCCUAUAAGUACUGCCGCACUUUCAAAUACGACACAAGAAGUUUGUCAGGACGCUGGUUUGUUAAGACCACAUGGCAAUGAGAGAGCAAACAGGACCGCUACCCCUGAGAAAAAUAUGGGAGCUGGGUUAUUUGGAUUAUCUGUGUCAGAGCAAGCCUCUGGCGUUGCUAUAUGCCCACCGCAUCCGCCUUCAAGAGAGUUGCUUCCUAUGAACCCAAUGUCAAAUCCACGUAAAACGCCAGAAAUCUAUGCAACAGAGCCUUUUCCAUCAAGUCCAUCUAUCCCACACGCUUCAUCAACAGACUCUGCGCAACCGGCCCUGCUCUAUGCUCUGGAACAACAUGCCCAAGUCGAGAUGGGUCGUCCUCACAGCAAUCGACCCAUCAUCGAUGCUGCAAAUUCAACAACAGAAGAGCGACAACAAGCACAACAAGCUCCAAGCGUGGUUCAGAGCAACAAUGACGCAUCAGACGCCGUUGGCGGUAUGCCAUGUAAUGUGGACCACCCACGUCUAAGUCAAAUAAGAGCUCCAUAUAACUUCGAAGCCUCCAGAACUACUAUUGUAUUGCCACCGAUCAGCUCCAUGCUUAAGCAGGGAGUGAACAGUCCUCCGUCGCACGAACCUCCCGGUCAAACGCCAACUCUAAAUAAUCAGCCGUCUUCUUUUCCCGCUCGAUCGUCCCAGUUAGCCGUCAAUGCACCAUCACCGCCGUCACUAUCACCGUCACUGUGUACUCGACCAUUGACGACCAAACUUGCCAGUAAAUCGCCAGAUGUUCGAGCAUCGUUCAGUCAAAUAUCAACUGCCCAACAUGCACCUGCUCUUCCCGCUCAGGUCCAGAGCGAUGACUCGUUCCAUACUCGAGGGUCAUCUGCCAGCAUAGCAACUGAGCAGCGUCGCUUAAACAGCCCUGGAGCACCAACAUCUGACUCGCAUGAUGGAUGUAAUGCACAGACUUCCUGCGAGCUCGAAGUCACUCGCCCAAAGGGUGACUGGUACAAGAAACUUCCUGAGGAUCUGAUCGCAUGUUUAGAAAAGUAUCAGCAGGAUAACAACCUCAGUCUUGGAAUCCAUGGGCUACGGAUACAGCCUGGUAAUUACGUAUGUCCUUUCUGUAUCGAGUCCAAGAGGAAGCUCUAUAAGCGCCCUAGUCAUUUCUCAAACCACUUAGCAAGCCACUGGGCUGCUCUCAAGAAGAAGCAGUGAAAAUGUGGUCGAUAUUUGUAUUCACUUCAACUGUGAUAUUGGGUUAUUGUGUUUCUUAGCGAUAGAAGAUUGGUAGGAAGAAAAGGAUCGAUGUAGGUUACGAGGUACCCUUAAGAAAAUGCCCUAGAUGAUCCAGGAAGGGUUCGGCAAACUAGAGAACAAUUACACCAAGACAGAUCCGAUGGCGGUCCGACACCUGGAUCAGGCCUACAACUGUUUGAUCGACUGCUUGGGUGAUCCGCUAUGUGGCAUAAUGCUUCUAUAGACAUACGGAGGAUAAUCAAGCAACUACCCACAUGUCCUAGCCGAAUGCAGAAGUACUCUUUGAUACCAGACGCUUUACCUUGCGCCUUUCUCAUUAUUGCAAUAUUUUAUUUUAA